AUGAUGUCGACCCUUCAAAAGAUCUUGAAGCGCCUUUGGAGUCAUUUGGGGUCAAACGAGGUUGACUUGCAACGAGUACAACGGGCACUGGGGUUCCUUGUUGGACUAGGCCAACGACACCGCAAGCAGUCCACGAUUAGCCGAAUGCUCUUUGUGUAUCAAGAGACAUCUUCAUACAACAUGAACGUAUUUGGCACUGUUUCCAAAGUCUUUUCGUGGUGUUCCGGGCAAAGGUUGGUGAUUGAUUUCGGUCUUGCGUUGAAGAACAAUAGUGGACUAUUUGGCACUCCUUUCUUAUUUGUAAUCUAA